AAAAAACUCAUUGACUCUUUUAGAGUGUCUCUGUAUUGGGUACUACUUUCUUCUCUCUAGAUUCUCUCUCUCUAUCCUCAAGUGUGUGUGUGUGUGGAGCCCAAAGCUGGUCCUCUGCUUUGCUGGCUUCAAGCUCUCCAUUCUUGAUUUAUAAUGGGGGGUUUCUCUUCUGAAAAUUUCACUUGGUCUAAUGGAAACAAAUAGCUCAAAACACUAAGUGAUCACUCCUUUUCACUCUUUUUGUAAAUCUUUUUCUCAUCAUGAUCUUCAUCCUUCAAGAAAAGUGAGAAAAAAGACAAAAAAGAUUAUCAAAAUCAAAUCCCACUUCAGUUUUUUCUUUGAUUUGAUGGAUCCACAGAUCUAAUACUUUCACUUUCAGAUCUUCCAAUUUUCUAUUGUAAAGAUUUGUACUUGCUUUGAAGAGGAACAUAUCCAAAGUUGAGGUUUAUUUAGUGUGUCCUGUUAGAUGUGGAGAGUUUAGAUGGUGUAUUGGAGGAGAUGAGGUAUGUUAUCUGGGUUAAUGAACUUCUUGAGGGCCUGUUUUCAGCCAAGGGCCAAUCGACACGUUCAUACAGGUUCCGAUGCCAGUGGACGUCAAGAUGGGCUGCUAUGGUAUAAGGAUACAGGGCAACAUUUUAAUGGAGAGUUCUCAAUGGCUGUAGUUCAGGCUAAUAGUCUAUUGGAAGAUCAAAGCCAAGUUGAAUCUGGGUGCCUCGGAUUGAAUGAUUCAGGUCCAUAUGGUACCUUUGUUGGAAUUUAUGAUGGCCAUGGUGGUCCUGAGACUUCAAGGUUCAUCAAUGAUCACCUCUUCCAGCAUCUCAAGAGUUUUACGUCUGAGCAGCAAACUGUGUCUGUGGAGGUGAUCCGGAAGGCAUUUCAAGCCACAGAAGAGGGUUUCCUCUCUAUUGUCACAAGGCGAUGGCCCGUACAACCUCAGAUUGCUGCUGUUGGAUCAUGCUGCCUUGUUGGAGUUAUCUGCAGUGGGACAUUAUAUAUUGCCAAUCUUGGCGACUCUCGGGCAGUCUUGGGGAGACUUGUCAAGGCAACUGGAGAGAUUAUUGCUAUUCAGCUUUCGGCAGAACACAAUGCAAGUAUUGAAUCUGUUAGGCAGGAAAUGCAGUCUUUGCAUCCAGAUGACUCGCAAAUUGUAGUUUUAAAGCACAAUGUUUGGCGCGUGAAGGGCAUUAUACAGAUCUCAAGAUCCAUUGGAGAUGUGUACUUAAAGAAAGCUGAAUUCAACCGGGAACCGUUGUAUGCUAAGUUUCGGCUCCGCGAACCAUUUCGAAGACCCAUAUUGAGCUCAGAUCCAGCUAUUUUGGUGCACCAGGUGCAACCUCAGGAUCAGUUUAUUAUAUUUGCCUCGGAUGGUCUCUGGGAACACCUAAGUAACCAAGAAGCUGUUGACAUUGUACAAAAUCACCCACGCAAUGGGAUCGCGAAAAGGCUAGUGAAAACUGCAUUGCACGUAGCAGCAAAGAAAAGGGAGAUGAGGUACUCAGACUUGAAGAAAAUUGAUCGUGGAGUACGUAGACAUUUCCAUGAUGACAUCUCCGUUGUGGUAGUAUUCCUCGACUCAGAUUCCGCGAGCAGGGCUAGCUCUGUGAAGGUACCUAACCUGUCUGUGAAAGGUGGUGGCAUAAGUCUGCCUCGAAACACACUUGCUCCUUUCACCACUUCAAACUAAUCGUGGUGCGUGCGCAACUCAAUGAAGCUCUUCCAAAUGAUGUUGUACUAUUUUCUUGUGAAUACCAGAUAGCUUCUGAAAAGAUAACAGCAGGCCUGCAAUUUUUAUUUUUUUAAUUAAUGUACACCUUUAGUUUAACUGAGACUAAUACAGAUUUAGUUCCUAUGCUCAAGGGACUUGAAAAAAAGAGAUCUACACAAUUAGGCUUCUAUUACUUCCUCUCAACUUUUUUAUUUGGAUUUUGUAAAUUAUGUGAACUGGCCGCUGUAAAUGUUUUUAUGCCUUAAUUAUUCUUUAAUGCUCUAUUUUUUAUGUCAA